AUGCCUAAACAUUUUAAUCGCAAUAGACCACUCUCUUGGAGUAAUAAUAAUGUAGUUUUUAUAGAACGUAAUAAUAGUGAUAGAGAUAGAAGAGUCACAUUUAAAAGUAAUAGGGAUAGACCAGAUAGACGAGACAAAGACUGGAGCAAUGCAAUACGUUCUCAUUUAGAAGAUGAGGAUAUUGAUAUGGGAAUUAGUCCAGGUUCGAGCAAGAAUGUCAGAUUUAAUAAGAACAAAAAUCGUGGUGGAGGUGGUGGUGGUGGUGGUAGAGGAAGACAAGGUUCCCCAGCUCCAAUAGCAAAAAGAAAAUUAUUGGAAGGACCCUCCAGUUGGUAUAAAGUUACACUACCACAUGGUGAUAAAUAUGACAAGACUUUUAUUUUGAAAACUUUACUGGACAAAUUAGCUCCAACUCCAUUUUGGCCCAUAUCGUGGCAAGCAUAUGGAACCUCAGUAAACUUUUAUAUAGAUGAUUUUAAAGCUGCACAAAAGCUUAACAACCUCGAUAGGCAAAUUCAGUUACCCAAUGGUUUUAAACUAAUUAUUAGAGUCUUUGCUGGUACUCCUAAUGUGGAAAUGACUGACUCGCUCAAAGAAAAAAUAAAAUUAACCAUGGCCAAAAGAUAUAAUGCUCCCACUAAGGCUUUAGAUAUGACGAAAUUCCAUGCAGAUCCAGAUUUACAGAAUUACUUUUGUGCUUUAUUUAAACCAAUAGUAUUUUUGGCUGUUAUUGAAAUCAUUGCUGAAAAUAUACCCGAUUUAGAAGCACUUAAUUUGUUUGAUAAUAAAAUUCACUUAUUAAACUUUUUAAAGAAAUUAGAUAAGAAGAUUCCAAAUUUGAAGAUACUUCAUAUUGGAAACAAUAAAAUUAGAGAUAUUACUGAAUUAGACGUAUUUCAAGGACUACCAGUUGUUGAUUUGCUGUUGGAUGGGAAUCCAGUUUGUGACAAAUUUAAAGAUAAACCAACUUAUAUCAGUGAAGUAAGAAAGCGGUUUCCAAAGUGCAUGAAGUUGGAUGGUAUAGAUCUACCCCCACCAAUUAGCUUCGACAUUGCCGAAGAACAACCGUUACCGCCUUACCAACAGACGUUCUUAUGUAAUGGUGAUGGAGGAUCCAUAGUGCGUCAGUUUCUCGAGCAGUAUUUCUUAAUAUAUGAUUCAGAUAAUAGGCAGUCCCUUCUUCAGGCAUAUCACGAAAAAGCAACAUUUUCAAUGACAAUGGCCUACCCGUACGGCUAUUCCAAAGACAGUAAAGGAGUAGCUUGGUUGAAUUGGUAUGCCACCGAUAGUAGGAAUUUAUUACGAGUUCAAGAUCCCGACAGAAGAAACAAGUUGCUAAAACAGGGACAAGUUGCUGUUGUUUCGUUCUUGCAAGAUAUGCCGCAAACCAAACACGACAUUCACAGUUUUACAGUAGAUUUGACAGUUUUUACACCCCAGAUGCUUUGUUUGACAGUAGCUGGUAUGUUUAAAGAAUUAAAAAGUGGACACAAAGUACCCCCUUUAAGAUAUUUCUUCAGAACCCUUGUAAUUGUGCCUGCUGGAUCAGGUUUUUGCAUAGCAAAUGAGGAAAUUCACAUAUCCAAUGCUACUCCAGACCAAGCAAAAGAUGCUUUCAAGACAACAGUUAAUGUAGCUCCGGUAGCAGCCCCUGUGGUUACGUCCCCAGGACCCAGUAUACCACAACUAGCUGUGCCAGAUGAUGCUACAAAACAAGAAAUGGUAAAACAGAUGUCAGCAGUAUCCGGAAUGAAUCUCGAGUGGUCGCUACAGUGUCUAGAAGAAACACAAUGGGACUACCAAAAAGCCUUAAUGGUAUUCCAAAAUUUAAACGCACAAGGUGUUGUACCACAAGCAGCAUUUAUUAAAUGA